UGAGGGGUAGCGAAUUCCUACUGUCCACUGUGAGGGGCGGGGGCCGGCUCUCCCAGGAAGCCCUGCCCUUAAGGGGAGGGGCUAGCUCCCCCUGUCCUCCAUCGUUUGUCCCCGCCUCCUACUCUGCUACUCGCGGGCCCAGCUCAACUUUUCCAGGCAGAACCUGGCCGUCACCAUGGUGCAGGCCUGGUAUAUGGACGAGUCUGCAUGCGACCCGCGGCUGCCGCAUCGCUUCGAGCCCGACCGCCCGGUGAGCCUGAAGCAGCUGCGCGCCCUCGGCGUGCUCUAUUGGAAGCUGGACCCCGACAAGUAUGAGACGGACCCGGAGCUGGCGCAGAUCCGCAGGGACAGGAAUUACUCCUGGAUGGACAUCAUCACCAUCUGCAAGGACAGCCUGCCCAACUUCGAGGAGAAGAUCCGGAUAUUCUACACGGAGCACCUGCACCUGGAUGAGGAGAUCCGCUACAUCCUGGAUGGCAGCGGGUACUUCGAUGUCCGGGACAAGACAGACAAGUGGAUCCGGAUCUGCAUGGAGAAGGGCGACAUGAUCACCCUCCCAGCCGGCAUCUACCACCGUUUCACGCUGGAUGAGAAGAACUACGUGAAGGCCAUGCGUCUGUUUGUGGGCGAGCCCGUGUGGACAGCAUACAACCGGCCGGCUGAGCACUUCCCCGCCCGGAAGCAGUACAUGAAGUUCCUGGAGCAAACUGUGUAGCUGCCUGGAGUCCAUUGCUGCGGCCUGAGACUGGCUUGUUCUUCUGUGUGAUUGUUUGAUCAGAAUAUUUUUAAAGAAAAUUGUACAAUUGAUUUUUACUCUGAAGCAACUAGAAAUGCAAAUAUCACUGUAAUCGCUCUUAAUUAACCAAGAUAGGGGUACAGGAGCACCCAGUAGUACGAACCCUGCAGUAUAACAAGCUUUUGCCCUGAGGGUGGCUUGUCAACGCUGUGCCAGGUGCAGUGUAGCUGCCUGAGGAUGGUGGGACCAAUCAGGUGGUGCUGCAGCUCCGGGCUGUAGCUGGUGCAGAGAGGGUGUCUGCAGGCUUCUCCUGCCCAUCACAAUAAAGUCCUUGCCUUAACUCUG